AAUGGAGACACUCCCCAGAAGUUGUCAAAUGGACAUAGUAGCCACAACGGGGCAGAGAAUUCUAAAACGCUUACCAAUGGAGGAGAAGACCAUCAGAGCCACCUGCUCGUAUUCUCUGCACAGAAUGCUGACUCUCUGAAUAAGAUUCAUACCGCCGAAAUGUCCCAGCCAAUCUGCACUGCUAUCCAGAUUGCGUUGGUCGAAACCUUACGAUCAUGGGGGGUUAGGCCCGAAGCCGUGCUGGGGCACUCGUCGGGAGAAAUUGCUGCUGCAUACGCCAGCGGUGCCCUCUCUAUGAAGGUUGCCAUGACAAUUGCCAGCAUGCGAGGCAUCACGGUGCAGGAGUCUACCCAACUUGGUGGAAUGGCUGCUGUCGGCCUUGGGCGGGAGGAGCUGCUUCCAUUUCUCGAGGAGGGAGCUGUCGUUGCAUGUGAGAACAGCCAUCGUAGUAGCACAAUCUCCGGAGAUCUCAAAGUCGUCCAGCUCGCGGUUGCUAGGAUAAAGACUGAGCUCCCCGACGUCUUCGUUCGUAUGCUCAAGGUGGAAAGGGCAUACCACUCGCAUCACAUGAGAGCUUUUGGGGCAACUUAUCAACAGCAGCUCACAAAAGGCAAAGUAGUGAGCAAAGAGCCAGAUAUCCCUCAUUACUCAAGUGUCACAGAAGGAAGGAUCCGGGACAAGGACGCCUUGGGACCGGCAUACUGGCGUGAAAAUCUCGAAAGCCCAGUCCUCUUCAACACAGCGCUCCGUGCCCUGCGGGAGGAGUUUGGCAACGAGAAGGUAGUUUUUGUCGAGAUUGGUCCCCACCCAGCCCUCAAAGGAUAUAUUGAGCAGAUUGUUCGCGACCUUGGCCAUGCGGACGACGUUCACAUUGGAACUCUGAGCCGAGCCAGUGACUGCCAGCAAGUCCUUCUGAAUACGGCGGGAAAGCUAUUCGUGCACAACUGCCAGGGCCUGGAUCUUGCGUCCGUUGUGUCUCCAGGUUCCGUUCUCACCAACCUGCCUAGCUACUCAUGGACGCAAAACAACAUUCAUUGGGACGAGUCGCGUGUCUCCAAAGAGUGGCGAUUCCGCAGCGAGCCUCCACACGAACUUCUAGGGACAAGGGUUCUGGAACUGAACAAUGAGCCGCACUGGAGAAACAUGGUCUCCCUGGAUGACCUCCCUUGGCUCGAGGGACAUCAAGUGGCUGGCCAGAUAGUCUUCCCCGCGGCGGGCUACAUCGCAAUGGUCGGAGAAGCUAUUCGGCAGCUUUCAGAGGAGCGCGUGUACAGUCUCAGGCAAGUCAAUAUCAAGUCAGCCCUCGUGCUCACCCAUGGCACGCCAGCCGAGGUUAUCACGACUCUCUCCCCGCUCUUCCCAUCAUCGCCGGACUCUUCUGCUUGGUAUUUCUUCAAUGUCAGCUCUUUCAAUGGAACCAACUGGAUCACCCAUUGCUCCGGCGAGGCCCGACCAAGAUACGAUGGGCUUUGCUACCCAACGAAUGCCGAAGCUGCUAUGACUACCUUGCCGCGCAAGGUGGACCCGAAGUCGUGGUAUGACAUGAUGGAUGAUGCAGGUUUCUGCUACAGUGGCCUCUUCCGCGGGCUCAAGAAUAUCUCAUCCUCUACGACCGGAAGCGAGGCUCUCGGCUUAACCUCCAGCGCUGGCAGCCAAGGUCGUCCCCGUUACACGUUGCAUCCGGCCGUGAUUGACCAGUGUUUCCAGAUGCUGUGCAUUUCUUCAAUUAAGGGCCAGACGCACAAGUAUCUCAGAUUGGCCGUCCCCACCUACAUUGAAGACAUCGUCAUCUUUGCCGGUGGAGAGAACUUGCAAGUAAAGGCAACAGGUAUCGCCUCGCAGACGGGCUCAUUCAGCGGCGAUGUGAUUGCUCAAUACGACAAUAAACUGUCCCUGUUCAUGAAGGGUCUGAAGUCUUCGCCUCUCGAGUCUGGCUCGAUUCCUGGUCAAGAUCUUCGGCUAUUCCAACAGUUUGAGUGGAGGCCCGACAGCGACUUGAACCCCCUGAAGCGGAAUUUUGUCACGCCUCAAGAUGGAUGCACAGAUGGAUUCCUGGAGCUCGAAUCGCUCUUCUUACUUUGUGCCGCGGAGUAUGUUGAAUCGAUUCAGCCCACAGAGACUACUCCAAGCCACCUUAAGAAGCUUCAUAAGUGGGCAAGGGACGAAGUCAACAGCGUGUCAAAAGGCGGCAAGACACUUGUCGAGACAAGCCAUGCGUUAUGCGACCGCUCCGAGAGGCUUGCCCGAAUCAACACUAUCGCCUCUCAGGCUCAAACAACCCGGUGGUCUCCAUGCGCUAUCGCCAUCACGCGUCUGCUAGACUCUGCCCUGGGCGUAUUCUCUGGUAGCGUAGAGCCAUUGACGGUCCUGAUGGAAGGUGACUUGCUGAGCCGUAUCUACGAUAUCCUUGACGCUGGUGACUAUGCAGACACCAUCCGCUCCAUUGCCCACAAGAACCCACGGCUGAGAAUCUUGGAAGUUGGUGCCGGAACUGGUGCUGCCAGUGAGAAGAUUUUGAAGGCACUGACGACGUCGUUUGGCACACGCAGUUAUAGCAAAUACACGUACACCGAUAUUUCUCCAGGCUUCAUGAACGCGGCGAAGGAGCGCUUCGGCAGUUACGCCAACAUUGAGUACCGCGUUUUUGAUGUCAGCAAGCACCCAGCCGAUCAAGGCUUCGAGCUGGCAUCUUACGACCUCGUCAUCGGCGCUAAUGUUAUACACGCGACGUCGUCUUUGCACACUUCUCUCACCCAUCUACGGGCUCUCUUGCGACCAACUGGUCAGUUGUUUCUCCAGGAGCUCAGCCCUGAGGCCAAGUGGAUUAACUUUGUCUGGGGGCAUCUCCCCGGUUGGUGGCUGGGUGAAGACGACGGGCGGCCAGAUUCGCCGUGGGUUUCGCCAGAGCGGUGGACAAACGAGUAUGUGGCAGCCGACUUUGAAGCUCCGCAUACCAUUGUUUAUGAUUAUCCACCACCAUUUCAUAUCAACGCAUCUAUUAUCGCCAAGGUGGCCUACAAAACGCAAUCAGUUUCGAUAACCACACUUCGUUGUAACCAAGAGGAGGAACCGCAUGUGCAAGCGAUGAAGAAGAAGCUAGAGGCGGACGGCAUCGAUGUCAACGUGUGCCUCUUUAACCAUGGAACUACCGUCCCUGACUAUGAAGGGGACAUCAUCUGCUUCUUGGACAAACCGACCCCCUUCCUGUACGAUAUGUCGCCGGAAAGAUUUCAGCAGAUCUUCAGCCAUCUCCUUGCUGCCAGGGGAAACAUCUUCUGGGUUACGGGCCUGGCCCAGAUUGAUUGCCAGGAUCCGCGCAAUGGCAUGGUCCUCGGCCUUGCUCGAUCUCUCCGCCAAGAGGAGAACAAGAAGAUGUACACCAUCGAACUGGACGAUAAGACGUCCCUAGCCACAUCUAUUGAACAUAUUGCCGCAAUACAGAAGGUGUCACACAGUGAGGCCACGUUGGACGAUAUGGAUGUGGACUGGGAGUACGCUAUUGUGGACGGCUUGGUGUACAUCCCACGCAUGCACUGGCAGACAAGAGCCGAGACGCUCACAGAGCAAGCUACAGACGAGCAGACAGAAGUCACCCUGAGGACCCAGAGCCUGACCAUCGGGAGCCCAGGUUUGCUUCGUACGAUGCACUGGGAGGAGCAGCCAGUUCCUGAGCUAAAGGAUGACGAGGUCCGCAUCCGAGUGAAAUCUGUGGCAAUGAAUUUCAAAGACGUACUCAUUGCCAUGGCUAUUGUCAACGCCGAUCUUGGCGAGAUAGGUAGAGAUGUUGCCGGCGUUGUUGUGGCUCGAGGCAGUGCUGUAACUGACUUGGACAUUGGCGACCGCGUCAUCUCUUUAUACCCCGGCUGCUUUACUACGUACAAGAAUCUCCCAGCAUCCCACUGCGUUAAGCUUGAGUCGAACUUGAGUUUUGAGGAGGGCGCCGCCAUUCCUUGCGUUUAUGCUACCGCCAUGAUGUGUCUUGUUGAUAGAGGAAACUUGAAGAAGGGACAGACUGUAUUGAUUCAUUCAGCAUGUGGUGGCGUUGGGCUUGCUGCUGUUCAGAUUGCGCUGUCUAUAGGUGCCCAGGUUUUCUGUACUGUCGGAAACGCGGCCAAGGUAGCCUAUCUAGUUGAAGAGUUGGGCAUACCUGCUUCAAACAUCUUCAACUCUCGAGAUGAUUCUUUCGCUGCCGACGUGAUGAACGCAACCAAUGGUAGAGGAGUGGACUUGGUUCUCAACAGCUUAGCAGGCGAGCUUCUUCACGCCUCGUGGAAAUGCGUAGCUGAGUUCGGAGUCAUGAUCGAGAUCGGCAAGCGAGACUUCCAACGGCACGCGAAGCUGAGCAUGGACAUUUUUGAACUGAACCGCAGUUUCGUCGGCCUUGACCUUGGCCAUAUCCUUCUCCAUCGGCCAGCAGAAGCCCUGGAGAGCCUGGAAAGAUGCAUGAAGCUUCUCCGCAAGGGUGCCAUCAAGCCGCUGCCUCUGGCAAGAGUAUUAGAUGCAUUGGAGAUCCAGGAGGCUUUCCGAAGCAUGCAAGGAGGCCAGCAUAUUGGAAAGAUGGUUGUCAAUAUGCCGGAUGACCCGCAGACCCUCCAGGCUGUCCAGACAUCAGCUGAUCUCAAGUUCCGCCCUGACCGCAGUUACAUGCUUGUCGGAGGACUGGGUGGCCUGGGCAAGGUGAUCGCGGGAUGGAUGGUCGAGCAUGGUGCCCGUCAUCUCAUCUUCCUGGCUCGAUCUGGGGGCUCGCAGCCGGAAACUAGAGACUUUCUGGUAGAACUGAAGAGCCUUGGAUGCGAGACACAGGUUUUCAGUGGCAGCGUUGGCAGCAAAGAUGAUGUUCAAGCCGCAGUACGAGGUGCUUCGUUGCCGAUUGCAGGUGUGAUGAACCUGUCGUUGGUAUUGAAGGAUGUUGCUGCGGCAAAUAUGAGCUUUGGAGACUGGAACGCAGUCAUGCCGCCGAAGGUGCAAGGUACUUUGAACCUGCACGAGGCUCUCCCCUCCGAUCUAGACUUCUUUGUUCUGUUCGGCUCUUAUAGCGGCAUUGCUGGGCAAUGGGGCCAAGUCAACUACGGAGCUGCCAACACGUACGUAGACGCUUUCGUGCAGUACCGGCAUUCCCAAGGUCUUGCGGCCUCAGUUAUUGAUCUCGGUGCUGUUGGAGAUGCAGGCUACGUCUCACAAAACCCCGAAGUGCUGGCCUACAUGCGAAACAGCGGCACCUACAUGCUGCGUAGCUGGGAGGUUCUUGAUGCCGUGCAACUGGCCAUCCAAAGGUCAAGGCCUUUACCCACUGAUAUCUCCUCAGCUAGGUAUAUCAACCCAAGUCAGAUUAUCGUUGGCGUCUUGACGGGAUUCUCAAUUUCGGAUAAAAGGGCACGCCUCCCAUGGAAACGGGACCCGCGCAUGAGUUACUACCAGAAUCUGAACAGCGACACCGAUGCUCCGGCCGGCGCGUCUACGCAACAGGACGAUGUGCGUGAGUUGCUCGCGCAGGCAUCUUCAUCUCCCGAGAUGCUGGCUACGGAGGAGACACAACAGCUGAUCGCGUCAGCGCUUGGGUUGACUCUCUCCAACUUCCUCCUAAAGCCGUCCGAGGAUAUGCGCCUGGAUAUCUCCCUGGACAGCAUCGGCGUGGAUUCCUUGGUGGCAAUGGAGCUACGCAACUGGGUGCGGCAAAGGUUUGCCGUGGAACUGAAGACGUUUGAAAUCAUCCAUAGCCCUUCUCUCCUUGCGCUCACAGAGCUUGUUUCACAGGCGUUGAUAGUACGGUACGGAGCUCCCGCUGCA